AUGGCGCCGUCGAACAGCCCUGGUGGCACAGAGGUGUCACAAUGGAAUAGGGAAAGACUGACACUGGCAGCGCGCUCCCGCUCACCGAGAUGGCGCCAUGGAACAGCCCUGGUGGCAGAGAGUGGGUUGUCUGAAACAAGACGACCCCCAGUCGGAUUGGCAAAUGUACGUCCUAGCUACGCCGUGUUACGCACGCACGCACGCGAAGAUCCCCCAAGCGCGACGAGCCAUUUACGAGAUUCACCUGCGCUCAACCACCGUUGUCCUAUGCCGGAAUGUGCAGUCCGGCGUGCUAUGGCUGCUGCACUCUGCCUAUUGUCGCGCCCUCCGACCCAAGCAAAGUCCGGCGAGUGGGCUCGUGUCGCGGGCUGGCGCCAGGCCUGUUGCGGGCAAACCGAAGCACGGCCAUACGCGCCUUCGCCACCGUUACCCUUCGAGGCGUCCGUACACACCGAACUGCCUGAAUACAUGGUGUAUACUAUACUCUAG